GAACCCCCAUGCUACUUGCCAUCUGGUAUCCUAUAGAUCUUGGUCGAACGACGCAAAAUCCUUAGUAGGAUGACAUGACAGAGCACAGGCUUCUUUCAAUGUCUUGCCCAGCGUUUGCUUCCUGCACCUAGAUAUAUAAAGUCUGGCGGCACCUUUGAUUAUUAUUCCGAUUUUCAACAGCAUCCUCAUUAUCUUCCUCUUCCUCCACUUCCUCUCAAUAUCCUCCUUCAAGUGUUACAAUCAAUUACAAGCAUUGAAAUGGCUAUCUUCAAAGUUACUCCAUUGCUUUUGGCUGCUGCCACAGGCUAUUUUUCUCUUGGAGCAUUUGCCGCGGUAUUAAGCACUACUGCCUCUGUCACUAUUAACAGUGUUAUAUACCACAACGUCGAACAUGUUGAAAGGGAUGUGGUAGUGAUUGGUGGUGGAUCCUCUGGAACCUAUGCAGCAAUUGGUCUCCUCGACGCGGGCAAGACUGUGGCAGUCAUUGACAAUAAAGCUCGCAUGGGGGGUCACACAGAAACCUACAUUGACCCUGCAACUGGGGUUUCAGAUGACUAUGGUGUUAUUAUCUUCCACAAUAUCGAUCUUGUCAAAAAUUAUGCUGCACGUCUUAACGUCACUUUGGCAGUGGCCAACACAACGGAAUAUGUUCAAUCAAGUGUAUAUGCCGAUUUCCGAACCGGUCUUGAGAACUCUACUUACACGACUGCUGACUUUACCGCUGGCCUUAUGCUCUACAUGGAACAACUUGCGAAAUACCCCUAUCUGGAGAAUGGAUUUGAUUUACCAGACCCAGUACCAGAAGAUCUUUUGCUCACUUUUGGGGAGUUCGCAAUUAAAUACAAUUUCGGCAAAGAAUUUCUUGGAUUCAUUUCCAACUUUGCUCAGGGUCUGGGAGAUCUAUUGUCCAAGCCUACUUUAUACGUUCUCAAAAACUUUGGUCCGGGUGUCAUCGAAUGUUUUACCACUGGUUUCUUGGCAACCGCUGCACAGGAUAAUAGCUUACUCUACGAAUCGGCACAACAAAUUAUCGGUGACGACAACGUUUUCCUGAGCGCAAAAAUUAUCGCAGUCGACCGAAGUGGUGAUUGUGCCCAAGUUCUUAUUAGCACUCCUACCGGCUACAAGUUCAUCAAUGCCCAAAAAUUGGUCUUCAGCAUUACACCUCAGAUUAGCAAUCUUGCAGGAUGGGAUCUUAGCACCUCAGAGCAAACCCUUUUCUCUCAAUUCAACAACUCCGGAUACUACGUUGGUGUCUUUGGCAAUACUGGCCUUCCAACCGGUAUCUCCAUUGUCAACGUCGCCGAUAACACCACCUACGGAUUUCCACCUCUUCCAGCCACGUAUGCCAUCAACCCUACUGCCAUCCCAGAUGUCUUCAAUCUUUACUACGGUUCCGCAAUCUCUAUAACCGACGACGAAGUCCGUGCUGCCAUGUAUGGCGAGCUUGAAAGACUCCAGAUCACAGGUAUGACUGAGAGCACCCCAGAACUCCUCGCAUAUACCAGACAUACACCAUUUGAGUUGUGGGUUCCAGCUGAAGCUAUUGCUGCUGGUUUCUACAGUGAUUUGUAUGCACUUCAAGGACAACAAAACACUUUCUACACAGGAGCUGCUUUCCAUGCUCAAGAUUCAACUCUGCUCUGGCAGUUCACUGAAGCAUUGCUUCCUAACAUUACUGCUAGCUUGGCAUGAAUAGUUUGUUUUUAAGAGGGGACUUUUUUUUGUAAAUAGUUUUAAGGAAAUUUCCGAAAUGAAUUAGUGCAUGAUGGAUGAACGGAUGAGGAAAAAGUAAGUACAUAUAUACAUAGCAUACGGUAUCAAAAUGAAGCACGUUCUAUCUA